AUGCUCGCUAUCCCGAUCGGAUCGCGAUCAGCAGGAUCGCGAUUCGAUCGCGAUCCAUUCUGUGAACGUUCUGGUAAACUUCUACAUGGAUUUGAAGAUCAGGAGAUGGAAAGAAUUGUAGUUAGAGCUAUGAGGAAGAAUGUCUGGCGUAUGAAUGUCUGGCGUAUGAAUGUCUGGCGUAUGAAUGUCUGGGAUAACGUUCGAGGACAGGGUAUGGCUGUACAAGGAGGCACCACAGAUAUCAGAAAUGUCGCUGAAGCUGCGAGCAAGGGAAACUGGCGGAAGGUUAUACAUCUGGUGCAACAAGGAGAGAACGUGAAUUGUGUGGAUCGAAUCUUCAGUUAUACAGCCCUACAUCAUGCUAUCGAGUAUGGAAAUUCAGAUAUGUGUUUGUUCUUGCUGUCACAAGGCAGGAACAUGUCACGGGACAUCAUGUUACAGUACUUCAUAUUACCGGACUUCAUGCCACUACGCGACAAAAAACGCCAAAGCCUGAACAUCAAUCAGAAAGACAUGUAUGGAAAUACGCCGCUUCAUCUCGCUGCUUAUCGUCAUCAUGUCUAUAUCUGUCGACUGUUAGUUUCUUACAGAGCUGAUGUUACUUCUGUUAACAAUAAAGGUCAAACUCCUCUUCACACAGCUGUUGCUAGCAAUUGCCCUACAUUUGGGCUGCAUCCACUCAUAACAAACCAGAGUGUGAAUGUGGCAGAUCACCAUGUGGAUAAAGAUGGAAACCAAUCACUACACCUGGCAUGUGAGGCUGCUUUAACGUCAAUAGUUCAACGUCUGUUGGGUUGCAAUGCUGAUGUGCUUGCUACAAAUAAUUCUCAUCAAACUGCUCUUCAUAAGGCAGCUUGUAGCAAGAGAGAUUGCCCUAAGGUUUGUGUGAUGCUCAUAGCAAAGGGAGCUCUAGUCAAUGCGACAGAUGGCAAUGGAGACACAUCUCUACAUGUUGCAUUUCAGAAAGGAAAUAUGAACACAGUUGAUGUGUUAGUUGAAAAUGAUUGCAAUGUAGUGAAUGUGUAUGGUGAGACAUUACUGCACUUGGCUUGUAAGAGUCCUGUUGAAUGUGUUGAGUUGUGUGAUAAGUUGAUAUCACAUGGAGUGAACCCUCAUAUAGCUGACAGAGAAGGAAACUUACCUUUACAUGUUGCUUUGAAGAACAGACUUGCUAAGACAUUUGGCUGUUUGCUUCAAAAGUCAGGUGAAGCCAUAUUAGAUGACUUACAGAAGGCGACUAUUGAUAAAGAAGAUCUUGAGGCCAUUUUCAGUAGUGCUCAUAAAGCCAAUGACAUUAAUGCUUGUCGUCAUAUUAUUAAAUUUAGUGCCAAGUUAGACUCUUCAAAUAGAUUAUCUCUGAGAGCACUAAACUGUCAUACAACAAUAGGAUACUCACUCAUUCAGAGAGCAGUGAGAGAGCAGGAUAUUACUUUUUGUCAGCAUUUGAUUGAUCAUGGAGCAUCUGUAAAUGCAGAUGUACCUCACAGCAAUCGAGAUCAUAUUUUUAAUGACCCUCCUCCUUUACAUUUAGCAGUAAAGCUGGGAGAUACAGAUUUAUGUCGUUUAUUGAUAGAACACGGUGCUACUAUUGAGCCCAAGAUGAGAGGCAGAAUAGGUCCAUUGCAUUUAGCUGUUGUUAAUGAGCAGAAAGAUGUAGCAAGACUUCUUCUGUCUCAUGGCGCUGAUUUGAGUAAAGUUGAAAUUAGUGGAGAAUCUGCUUUGAAGAGAUUAGAAACACGAGGAAAUGUCAAAAUGGCAUCAAUCAUUCAGGCUACUGAAACAUUUCCUGAAGAGAUUGUGUCUCAAGGAGAGACAGCAUUGCGUAUCUAUGUGUCAAGUUGUGAUGAGGGAUCAGCAGUGGAUGUGUUUUUACGUGUUGAUGUUGUUGGUCGUGAUGGUGCCGGUAAGACGAGCUUAACAAAAUCUCUCACUCUGCAGAAGUUCAAUCUUGAUGAGCCGAGCACAAGAGGAGUGGUGUUUGAUCCAAAGUGUCAGAUUAUUGUGAAGGAAGCAUGUGACUGGACCAACCCUCUCACAAGUGCUGACUACACAGAAAUAUAUGAGAAGAAUGUUGUGAUCAAUAUGGCAGAUACACUUGACACACCACAAGUGAAAGAUCAAUAUUUCAAGUCAAAAGAAAGUGAACAGCCAAAGAGAUGGAAAUGCAGACGUGUUGCAAGCAAAUCAUCAAAGCAGAAGUCACAUGAGCAAGCUGCUCCUGUUGGCAUGGAACUUUCACUGCCUCGUGUACCACUUAAUGGUUUUUCUCAGGAGUUGCCCAUUACUUCUAAAAAACCAACAACUUCAGCACUUCCACCACCAUCUGUUGCAUCAGAUUUGUUGGUGUCAUCACAAACGUCGUCAAAUUUGUUGCCAGUUGAUGACUCUAGAUAUUUGUCUGACAUCCCAGUCACAAAUGCAAAAGCAUCAGGUGGUACAGGCUUGCUUGUUGCUACAGCAUGUCCCGUGUUAGAUCAGAUUGAAUCAGAUUUUAGAAAUGUUGACAAUAUAGUUGUCGAAAGAGACAGCAAAUCUAUGGCAGGAAGAUAUUCGUUUGAUUUACACAGCAGUCAGGAAAGUAAAGCAAUAGACCAGCAGACUAGCAUUCCAACUGCAAAUUUCCAAUCGGCAGGAAUAAAUGCAACACAAGUGACAUCGAUAUUACCUGGCAGUGUUGACGCUUCUUCUACUGAGAAUACAACUACUCUACCUCAACACAUUCAAGAAAGGGUUUCUAAGAUUUUGAGAGACCGAAAGUCUCAUCAAAAGGCUAAGAAAGAAAUCAUGAUUACUGUGUUGGACUAUGCUGGUCAGAAUGUGUUCUAUGUCACACAUCAUUUGAUCAUGUCUAAAGCUGGUUUUAUGUACAUCGUGUUUAAUGCUUCUCUACCAAUGGAUGGCAAGACUCCAUGUCAGUUUCGCUCAGAAGAUGGAAAAAUUAUCCACAUUCCUUUGUUUGAUAACGAAACAAACUUUGAUCGAUUGGAAGAGUGGGUAUCAGGUGUUCAUAUCAUGGAAGGCGAUCAGUCACGUCGUAUCAUGAUAUUUGAGAAAGUAGGAAUCAGAUCACCUGCCAUGUUUCUAGUAGGAACGCAUGUUGAUGAGCUAAAGGAGCAACCAGGGAUGAUGGAGAAACAGGACGCAUUCAUAAGGAAGAAACUGGAGGGCACAGUGCUGGCAGAGCAUAUCAUAUGGGCAUCUAAAGAUGUAAUGUGUUUCUAUGUGGAUAACACAGUGACAGAUCCAGACAGUGGAGUCGUAGAUCCACAGGUGAAAUUACUUCGUCAGAAGACAGAGGAUGUGGCUCACAAGGUGGCCCAACAUCACAGAUUGCCCAUCAGAUGGCUCAAGUAUGAGCAGAAGGUACGAGAAGUGAAAGUCUCUUAUCCAACAAAGAAGACGACAACUGUUGAUGAAUUACUGCAGCUUGCCAUGAAUGCUGCUGGAAUCAAAAGUCGAGAGGAGCUGUUGGUGUUGCUGCAGUAUUUGAGUAGUCGUGCAGUGUUGAUGUAUCAUCCCAUGGCAUUGAAGAGUGGAGAUGAUGAAGAAGUCGUGUUAGAUGUGGAAUGGUUUGUAUCACAGCUGCAGAAAGUGAUCACCAUAUACAUGGAAGGUGAUGUUCCUCCCAUGUUAUGGAAUGAUGUAAAACGCAGCAAAGAGAAAGGCAUCAUGACAAUGUCUCUUGUGAGACAUCUUUUAUCAGAUGCCGGUUCUGCUCAACGUCUCAUUGUGUCACUGAUGAGGCACUAUGAUUUGCUGUGUGAGUAUUCUGUUUUGGAAGAGGAGAAUCUGAAGACAGCAAGUGAUUACCAGGAUUUUCUUAGUCUGGAAGGAGGAGGUGAAUCACAUUGUGAAGUCAAACGAGACGUGUUUGAGAGUAAGUCUUGCUUCAUUCCUUGUCUUUUGGAGCAUGCGGCUGGUCUUGAGUCAUGCAAGAUGAAUGAUGAGCUGAAGUCAUUGCCCCUCAUCUUGUCAUCUGCUCCCAUUCGCAUUCCUCAGCCAUUAUUCUACAGAGUACUGACUCUUCUCUGUAAACGGUUUCGCCGCUUGGCAGUUAUUUAUCGCAAUGUGGGCUACUUCCACAUCUAUCCUGGUCAUCGACUGGAGUUUGCUCUCAAUAGAUACAACUUUCAAAUGACUGUGUUGUCAGAGACACACGCUCCUCUCAAUGCCAAGGUGUGUGUUGCUGUUCGUAAGUGGAUUGUUGAUGUUGUUGACAAGGCAAAACAGCAAGGAAUGCCGGGAUUGACGUUGCAGUUGGGAUUUGAAUGUGAUGUGCCCACAUUGAAGUCAUCUAACAUUGAGUUCAUCUCUCUGGAUGGAUAUCAACAAUCUCGUUUUCAGCUCUACAGCAAUGUGACAAAACGAGAAGUUCAACCUCCUUCCAGUCUUUCCCUUUGGUAUCCACAACUCGAACGCUCUCAAACUGAAAUAAUGUCAACAGCUUGUGCCUCUCGAAUAUCACAACAUGACACCGUAAGCUAUGAUACACCAGUGGAGUCUCUCAUUGAUGAAACAACUGCAAAUUGCUUGCUAGAAGUAUCUAAACUUCUAGAUGAAGAUGAUGAUUUAGGAGACGACUGGAGGAGGUUAUGGUCUGAGCUGUUAAACAGACCUCUUAAUGAAGACGUGGUGAGCAAGAAGUGUGUGAGCCCCACUCUUUAUGUGCUAAAGCGAUGGUGCAAGAUGGUAAUUCCUAACGAAGCUACACUAGGACGACUGAUAAAGGCUCUUAGUGCAAUAUACCGAAAUGAUGUUGCUCGUGUACUACAAAGACACGUAGAUAUACCACAGCAAGAUGUGACACCUGAGGAGUUAAAUCAUCUUGUUGACAUGAUAGAAGGAUGUUGGCAACAGUUUGCUUCAGUUCUUGCACCCAACCUGUUUAAAGUCACAGGAAAAAUUGCUGCCAUAAAACAAGAUUAUCCUACUUCUGCACUCCAAGCUAAAGCUAUGUUGGAAAUUUGGUGUGACCAACUUGGUGCUAAAUCCCAGCGACACUUACUUAUUGGUGCAUUAAUUCAACAAGGACUAAGAUCUCAGGCAGAUGCUGUGUUUGGAGUAGAAGUUGUGAAGGAGAUCUUGAAAGGUACAAGAACAAGUGGCAAGACAGACUGAUGAGGUAUAGUGCCAUGAUAUUGAAAUGUGUGUGAACUUUGUAACAACAAACUGAUUGUUACUCAGACUAGACAAGAGCGUCUGCAUACACUCAGUGACGAGACAACAUAGGAUCUGUUGUUCAUAACUUGACAUAUGACGGGCUUCAUUCAAGUCUUGAUACCAAGAAUGCAAGUCUUGAACAGCAAGAUUCUAUAGCUCUAAUGAAUUAAGAUAGAAAACGACUGUCGUACGUGUCAAUAUUAUAAACUGUAGUACAGUGUACAUAUGUGGUGAUGAACGUAUGGUAAAUGCAAGUAGAAAUAUUGCAGUUAAUGUUUGAGUGGCACAUGUUGUACUGCCAAUCAGUAUGUAUAAUACAACAGAAUGCAGUUUAGAAUACUGUCCAUCUACUGACAUAUGAAGUAGCAGGCCAUCUGUCCAUGUUGGGUUUACAUGGAGGUCUCGGAUGACCACACAGGAUGUACAUACCAAUACACCAAUACAACGUCAGCCGUUGGGUCACAUUCUGCAGUGCUUCUGCUGGACGAUCGCAGGAUUGCCAUCUUCUACAUGCCAUCCUGAGAUGCAGUAGAAAUAUUGAU